AAACGGCGACGCGUGAAAAGAAGCCGUCUGCGUCCGUGUGCGGCGGAGAACGGGCGCGAGUGUGCGUGCCCGAGAGAGGGACGGCGAGCGCAGAGCAGGACGGCUGCGCCAAUUACCGUCACCUGGCGGGCAGCUACCGCAUUACCCACUGACGCCGCGCGCGCGACCACGCGCCGUCUCGGGCCCGCUCCGCUCCGCCACGCUCCGCGACCUGCCGCGGCCGACCGCGAUCGAUCCCGACCCGUCAUGCGACCGGCCCCGGACCGGUGCCCGCGAAAACUGUGAAGUGAAUUCUGUGCGUGCUCGUCCGUGCCAAACACUAUAUUGUAGUGAAAAAUGACGUCGCAAUUUGCCUUCCGAGGAUCUCCCCCGAACCAGAGCACCAUAUCGACAGCCUCCAACAGUCCGCCGCCGCCCCAGGGGAUGAGCAGCGCCGCGGCGGCUCGGCCGAGCUCGCCGGCGGCAUCGACAGCGCGGUGUUGCGACACCGGCCGCCCUAUAUUCCAGGACCCCAUCACUGGGCAAACGGUCUGCUCGUGCCAGUACGAGUUCCUCAACUACCAGCGGCUGGCGUCCGGGGUGCCGCUGUCGAUGUACAGCGCGCCGUACCCGGACGCGGCCGCCGCGGCUGGCAUGGCAGCCUACUUCCCCGCGCUCGCCGCCGACCAACCACCCUUCUACGCGAACACGGCUGCUGGUAUCGAGCUGAAGGAGAACCUGGCAGCCAGCGCGGCUAGUUGGCCUUACCCCACAGUCUACCACCCCUACGAUGCGGCUUUCGCUGGCUACCCCUUUAAUGGAUAUGGAAUGGAUUUGAAUGGUGCAAGAAGAAAAAAUGCCACCCGAGAAACGACGAGUACACUCAAAGCGUGGCUCAACGAGCACAAGAAGAACCCGUACCCAACCAAGGGGGAAAAGAUAAUGUUGGCGAUCAUCACCAAGAUGACGCUGACGCAGGUGUCCACGUGGUUUGCGAACGCACGCCGGCGGCUCAAGAAGGAAAACAAGAUGACCUGGGAGCCGAGAAACAGGGUCGAUGAUGACGACAAUAAUAAUGAUGAUGAUGACCACAAAAGCAAUGACGGGAAAGAUGCUUUGGAUGGCAAGGACUCUGGGACAGGCUCGAGUGAAGACGGUGAGCGACCACAACAAAGGUUAGAUCUGCUGGGACAGCGAACAGAAUCAGAAUGGUCGGAAUCACGAGCGGACAGUGGACCCGAGUCACCCGAGCCGCCCUACGAACGGCCCAUACAUCCCGCGUACCAACACCUGCCUUCACGCGCACCGCCCGGUAGCACUCCUGCUUCAGCGAAACCCAGAAUAUGGUCAUUAGCUGACAUGGCCAGUAAGGAUGGGGAGGCUCCGGCUCCCCCAGCGGCUGCAUCCGCUUUCUACCAAUCAGCUGCUGCGGCUGCGGCGGCUGCAAGGCUCGCCCAUCCUUACGGCAGACCGGACUUGUACCGGGGCUUGUACCCCCCGACGCAUCCAGCAGAUGUCGCGCUCCUGGAGUACUCCCGCUCUCUAGCUCUCGCAGCCCCCGCGCCCGCGCCGCCCGCCCUCUCCCCGUCCUCUUCGUCUACCUCGUCCCUUGCGGAGCCGCCGCCCCCUUCCCGCGCCUGACCUGCCCUCCGCCCGCCCUUGGCGCAUCGACAAUAAUCACGAUCUCGGCCGAAUGCCGAAACCGCUUUGGCCCUUCAAAAAUCGGGGGCGCUGACGUCGACCUGAAAUCUUGGCAUGAUCUUUGGAAAUGUUUGUCGUUGAUGAUUAUUGUUCUGCCAUUUUUAUUUGUUUUUUAUAGAAGAGCUGUCAAAAACAACUGUUAGAUUCCUGCAGUCCAGUAGAACUAUCGUGAAAGUACCUAAGUGUUUACAGCUAUGUCUGACUGUGAGACUUUCAGGUCGUUGAUUACACAAGGAAUUACAAUUUAUUAUAUCAUGACACUUCAUUUUAGGCAAUUGUGACAGAAUGCAUUUAGAAUGAUUACAAUUUCCAGUAUGAUAGAACACCGCAGAAGAUCAUGCAGUUGCACGCGUAGAUGGAGUUAAUUUUAUUUCCUAGUGAUCUGGUCGACAUCGGCGCUAACCGAUUUCCUAUUAUUUUGGUAGCGGGCUUCGACGGGUUUUCGUCUGUAAAUAUUGACCUAUAAAUAUAUGAUAUACAUACGUAUAUAAGUGAUAAAUAAAUAAUUUAUGCACCGGUAGAGAAGCUUAGAUUUGUGAUAGCGCGCCUUCGCCGAGGCUCACGCCUCACACGUCGACUCCAGUCGACCGACCGACAAUACUAGGUGCUAAAUCCGAGUUGGACCGAGCUACUCGCUCUAGAUGUAAUUGCGUCCCUAGUACCAACGCUGUGAUAUUGUUACGAUCGUUGUAAUUAAUAAGGCUCGAUCCAUUAGUCGUUUAGCCUCGCGCGAAUACAAUGGGCUUACAGUAAGAGCAGGACUCUUCCGAGGCAUUGGUAUCUAAAUGUGUAUGUGUUGUUCUUGUUAAAACUGAAAAUAGUUGAAUAACGAUUGUCGUAUUGAGUGCAUCAUAGGUUGGUACUAGGGGUGCAUUGAUGGUUAAACGAAGUGAUUUAAUUUAAAAUAUAGGUAUUAAUACGCGUUAUGUUUCCUCUAGGUAAACAAAUAACACUGUGUAAGCGUGCUUACACACCUCAGUUCUUCAUCGUUGUGUGGAUUCCGAGUUUCGUCUGUGAGCACGCUUACAUUAAUUAUUUUAACUAUGUAGAGUGUAAAUUAUAUUAUUUUUCUUUUAUAUCAAUACGUUUUUUUUAUAAAGUUGCUAUGAGUUUUGUAGACUCAAGUGGUUUAAACUAAUCCACGUGAUUUUAAACAAGUUAUCGCUUGCACAAUUUGUCGUAGCAAAACGAGGUGCGCGGCGACGGAAUGUAAGCAAAACUCAAAGUAUACUUAUUUAUAUUUAGUGUCUAUUUACGUCCAACUUUAUCUCUAUUGGUUGACAGUUUCGUGUGUCUUACGAAUCGAAUUGUAAUAUUUAUUGGUACGAGGUCAGUAGCUAUAACGUGUUUUGUUUAUUGUACUAUUUUUUAAGGAUACGCCGAUGACACAGGAGCCUCGACUGUCAUUUUUUGAAUAUUUCUAUAUAACAUACAUAAUUAUACGCUAUAUAUGGUGUACCUUCACUAUAAACCUUAAAGCUGGGCAAAGGCAAAAUAUUUUAAGUUUUCUAACACAAAGGAUCAAAGACACGUAGAGUUUUAUAGGCGUUUCGUCUACGCCUUUUAGCUACAGUGGAACGGGAAUUUAUCUAAAUUGUAGCCCCACCUAUUUGUCAUUUUGUGACAAUAAAAUAUAUUUUAAUUCGCAAUAAUAUUCAAAAAGUUACACUCGAGGUGAGGUUAAGUGAAAUCUAUGGAUUCAUUUCUAGUCAGAAGACUAUAUGACCGUCAUUAAAGUGAAACAUUCAAUUGAUACUUUACAAUAACAAUUUUGUUUUCAAGUUAAUGUUCGUUAAGAAAAUGUUUGUAUUAAAAGAAAUAAAUCGUCUAUAACGUGCUAUAGUUAUAACCUUUUUAAUAACCCAUAGAGCCUUCCCAUAAUAUAUAUAUAGAUCGAAAGAAUCAUAACAAUUUGUGAUUCAGCUUGGUGUAUAUUCGAGCAAAACAAAGAACUUUCCUUUGACAAAGUGCAUUUUAAUUCUUAAGUGAUUAUUUAGCUACCUUAGAUUUCUGGUCGAAAAUCUUGACCGGCAUCUAGAAUCUCUGAAAUAAGCUAAACUGAAAAUUAACCAAUAUUUUUUUCUCAAAUCCACCUAGAUGUGAUUUUAUUGGAAUACUUAGGAGCUUCUGAAGAAGAGCUUAAUAAUCUUGUUAAUUUCUGAUAUUUGUUGUCAAUUUUAUGUAACCCAGGUACGAACCCACGACUUUCUUGUGAGUAAUCAAUAGGUCAUCCAAUUGCGUAUUAUCUUAGUUACAAAAAUAUCUACAGCUCGUGCAGAUUAACUUGACACCUGGCUCAAAUGAUGUUUGGAUGUGUUUGGUAGCCAGGUGUCAUGUUAAUGCGCACGAGUUAUACUUGCAAUUUAAAUCAUAUAAUAAAAACUGAUUAGCAUAAUUUCAAUUUUCACAAACUUUGUAAUGAAAUCAUCCCAGUGUGUCUAUGACAUUACGAAACGCACGACGCCAAAAUAGUCGCAGUUGCGAUUGCAUUUAGGAGUACGUUAACGCAAUUGUAAUGUCACGGAAAAUAAAGGACCUGACACAUCAGCACUUAGUAAUAAUUAUAUUUUACAAUAUCGCAAUAAUCAUAAAUGAAAUCAACGAAUAAUAAUUUUGUUUCUACUAUCCCAUUAAGGCUAGCACACACUUACCAGUAGCAACGCGACGUUUUACUUAACGCCACCAACUCCGAAUAUGCGGCACGAUACAUUAUGUAAAUGUAAAAUUAUAGUGUUUUGUCAUGACGAUGUGUCUUUCUAUUGCUGCAAAUUUUGCAAAUCUCGUUAAAAUAUAUUUACUGAUUUUUACUUAAUACUGCAUUAACAGACCAAAUUAUUUUAAUUCAGUCGUGUUACAGUUUUGUCGAUAAUUUUACUUUAAAACAGAGUUUGAUCAUACAUUGCGGUUCAUUAGUGCAACAGUUGUACAGUUUUAUUGUUUGUGUUGACGCGGCACUUUUUAAGUAUAUAAAGUACAUCGAUUUAGUCGUCUGAGUUUAUAAUAUUUAAAGAAUAUUAUAUAGAAUAGUUGUAAGACCGACAAAACUCUGAUUGUAUGUGUAUAGAAUUAGAACACAUUUAGAACCUUUUAAUAUAAACUGCAACUACUGAAAGUAUUGAAGUCAAAAAUUAAUAUUUUGCGACAGCGCACAUUGAUUGAGACCGAUAUAACUGUAAUAAUAUCAUUGUUUUGGAAUUUGACCAACAUAAUAUGUAAAUGUGUGCUAGGCUAAGCUAAUUAUUAUCAAAAAUUAAUGGCCUUGUAUAUUUGUAACAAAUUAAUGUAUAGUUAUAUUAUUAUCCUUUAUUAGUUCCCAACAUUGUAAAAUAUUUCUUUUUUCAUGUAGAGACUGAAAGUCCAAAAUUGAGUCUAUAGUUUUGUACAUACAUAAUAUUAUGUCACUGUUGUAAUUAUACAUUAUAAUAUACUUAUAACAUAAAUAUUUAAGGAUGGUAAACGCAAUAAUUUUUCUGUAUUAGGAAAUCUUUUAAUGUGUAUAUAUAAAAAGACGGUCGAAGACGUGGUUUUCAACACAAGUUGUAAUAAGGUGAUGUUUGUACACACGCUUGUAAGAGUCUCUUCAUACGACCAUAUUUUCACGGCAGCUUAAGCAAUCUGCAAACACGCAUGUUGACCCUUGAAGUAUAAUAAAUUACAUAGUUUUUUUAUGAAUCCCUGUGUUUAAAAGUAAUACAAAUUGUGCUAAUUUAUAUGUACAUGUAGUUAUAUCUGGGAUCACUUUAGUUACAGUAGCAAAGAAUUUUUCGUUAAGAUUCUCAUGCCACUGAACAUAAACCAUCACGGUUUCGUAUUUAAUUAGCAAGGUAUUGACAGAACGACAUAAGCUCCACAAAUAUGCUUAAAACGAAUAUCAUAAUUCAAGUCCACUUGGGCUUACCUAUCUAAUACAUUAAAAAAAACACCAACACAGAAGUUCACAAAUCGCGCGGCUAAUUCGAGAAAAUGGUGUCGUGUGUAAAGAUUCUAAACUCUCCACAUAUAUUAUGACCACAGAUUAAAGUAAAAAGAUAUUCUUUCAGUAUUUAUUAUCUCUUUUCUUUUGUCUGUGGUGUUCCGAUGUUUACGCAGGACACAAUAGAAGUUCACAAAAAAAAAUCAACGCUUAGUUUACACAUAACCUAACAGAUCCUUUACACUAGUCCAAGUGUUGUUUGUCGAACGAAUGAAUGCUGGAUAUUGUCACUUCGACCAAAGGCCGGCAUCGUUGUGUCUAUGUUCGACGAAUGCGUCUUUAAAAAGGAAACUAGUGUGAAGGGUCUGUAAAACGCACCAAAACUUGCGUUAAAUUUAAAUGUUGUUAAUUUACCCAAGGAUACAUUAUGAUAGUUGUGUGUUAGAAAAUAAUGUUGGAUUAAUCAACACGAUUAAGUUUUCUUUCGGUGUUAACUUAAUUAAAAACAGCCGCAUUAGUUAUGGUGUUAAAUGUUGCAUUCUUUAACUUUGUGAUGUCAAACUCGUCUAUCUUAAUAAUAUUCUGACGUCACAAAAGCUUAGUAUCGUGUCUAUUUCAGAACAUAGAGAAUGUGGCUGUUUUAACAAUACUUCGCAAUUUAUGUUAUUUAGGUACCUAAACUUUCUUGUUUGUAUGAUAUAAUAAUAAUUAUGUAUGUACUUUUGUUAGCUUCAACGUCUUGAACCGUUCUCCAGAAAGGUGUGUGAAUAGAUGCAAUAAAAUUUAAUACAGAAAUA